AUGAUACCGAUUCCGUGUUCGAACUUGUUGGACGGCAGCUUUGAUGCUGUGAUCUUCGUCAAUGACACUAUAAGAUCUCUCGGAGAAGAUUUAUCUCUGAUUGAAGAAUGUCUUACUGCUUAUGAAAGGGUAAAUCCGAAGAUUUCCGAAUCACUGGAAAUCCUACCCUUCCCUUCACACCCAUGUUAUCGGUUGAUAUUUUCCCCAACCGGCAAAUUAAAUGGUGAUACGGACGAUAGCCGCAACAUCUACGACGCGGCUGUAGCGAGUCUGAAAAAGGCUCUUGACAUUGGAUGUAAAUCUCCGCUUUUGGUCCUGGGGCCCAUUGCUUCAGCACCCAAAGACGCUCCCUGGGCUGAGGGUGAAUUUCCUCUCCUGAACGCCGUCCUUGGUGCUCUUCACGCACUCUAUCAACCCCUCGAGAUUCGAGAGAAUUUCCACGACAAUCUAACAAAAUACUCAAAACUGGGCGUAUUUGGAGCCUCCGAGCACUUGCUGAAAGCUGCCCACGCCAUCGAGGAGGGCAGACGCGUGGCGCGCGACAUCGGCGGGUCCGACCCCGAGCGGAUGGCGGCACCGCGCAUCGCCGAGUACCUGCAGGCGGAGUUCAGGCACUGCGCCAACGUCAACGUCAGCGUCGGUUCAGUCGAUCCGAAGGCCUACCCGCUGAUGGCUGCUGUGAAUAGGGCCGCGUCCGGCAUCGAAAGACACAACGGCCGAGUUGUUACUUUGGAGUAUACCGGUGGGGGAAAUCAAGUCGACACUAGUCUCUUUCUGGUUGGCAAAGGGAUCACCUACGACACCGGUGGUUGCGACAUCAAAGCCGGUGGUGUGAUGGCGGGUAUGCACCGCGACAAGUGCGGUGCCGCGGCGGUCGCCGGGUUUUUCAAGACCCUCAGUCUCCUUGAGCCGCCCGGGCUGCGUGUGUCGGGGUACCUCGCUCUCGUGCGCAACAGUGUGGGGAGCAACGGCUACGUCGCCGAUGAGAUUAUCACGUCGCGAGCGGGCAAGCGCAUCCGGAUUGGAAACACCGAUGCCGAAGGCCGAAUGGUCAUGACUGAUUUGCUUUGUGAAGCUAAGGAAAAAGCCCUGGAGGCAGUUAAUCCGUACCUAUUCACGAUCGCCACCCUUACAGGUCACGUAAUUCGUGCCUACAAAUACUACACGGCGGUCAUGGAUAAUGGACCGGCGCGGAAGCACGGCAUGGCCCAUAAGCUCCAAAGAGCUGGUGAGCGCAUUUCGGACAUGGUGGAGGUAUCAACUAUUCGCAAGGAGGAUUUUGAAAUAAACAAGGGCCACACAGAAUAUGAGGACCUAUUACAAUGCAAUAACCUUCCUAGUAGUGCAACGCCCCGAGGUCACCAGUUACCCGCCGCAUUUAUGAUAAUGGCCAGUGGCUUGGAAAAGUACGGUUUGGGCUGCGAUAAGCAAUUGCCCUACACCCACAUUGAUGUUGCUGGAAGUGCCGGGCUAAUCGACGUUCUGCCAACGGCAUCUCCCCUCAUGCUGUUUACCAGCAUGUUUGUGCUUCCCCGCAUUUGGAGUAUGAGCAAAUAA